GUGAAGAUGUCCGGCAGCGACCCUGAGCGCCCCCAGUUCCUCUUCGUGAAGGUGCUGGCAAGCCGGGGGCGGCUGGAGGCGGUGACCCAGCAGAUGGGCUACCACCCACAGUACCUCGACAGCUUCCUCAAGACACAGCACUACCUGAUGCACAUGGAUGGCCCGCUGCCCUUUGACUGCCGGCACUACAUCGCCAUCAUGGCAGCCGCCCGGCACCAGUGCCGGUACCUGGUGAACCUGCACGUGCUACAGUUUCUGCGGGCAGGGGGCGAUCCCCAGUGGCUGCGCGGCCUCGACUUCAUCCCCCCUAAACUCCGCAACCUCAACGAGAUCAACAAGAUCCUGGCACACCGGCCAUGGCUCAUCACCAAGGAGCACAUUGAGAAGCUGCUGAAAAUCAGCGAGUGGAGCUGGUCACUGGCGGAGCUGGUGCAUGCCGUUGUCCUCCUGGCACACUGCCACGCGCUCACCAGCUUUGUCUUUGGCUGUGGCUGUGAGCAGGACGAGGGGCCAGGGGGCCGAGGCUUGCUGAAGCCCUUGUCGCCCGGGAACCAGUGCUUCUGCGAAGCCACCGCUGGCAACGGCUGCAGCCAGGAGCUGCUGCGCAUCAACCGCAAGCGGUCUCUGGACUCCUGCAUGGAGCUGGAUUCCCUCCGGGAACGCAUGCAGCGGAUCCACGUGGAGACCGAGGGCAGGGAGGAGAUGAGGCUGCUGCAGCAGGACCGAGAGGAAGCUGAGCAUCGCUCUGACCUGUCUGUGGGGCUCUCCCAUCUCGCAGAUACCGAUGGGGAAGUCACCAGUGCCACCAAUCUUGCAUGCUACAUGCAGGACCCUGACUUUGGAUACCAGGACUUUGCCCGGCGUGACGAGGAUCAGACGCAGGUAUUCAGAGUCCAGGAUUACUCCUGGGAAGACCAUGGCUUCUCACUGGUCAACCGACUCUACUCCGACAUCGGGCAUCUCCUGGAUGAGAAGUUUCGGAUGGUGGAUGGUCUGCAAAGCAGUGCCAUGGCCAAGCGUCAGGGCUGUGAACCCUCUGUCUUCAAGCGGGGCAUCUGGAACUACAUCCACUGCAUGUUUGGCAUUAGGUACGAUGACUAUGACUACGCCGAAGUGAAUCAGCUCCUGGAGCGAAUGCUGAAAGUUUACAUUAAGACUGUAACCUGCUACCCAGAGAAGACAAACUCAGAAAUGUUUGACAGGUUCUGGAAGCAGUUCAAACACAGUGAAAAGGUCCAUGUGAACCUGCUCAUCCUGGAAGCACGAAUGCAGGCAGAACUGCUGUACGCAUUGCAGGCCAUCACCCAGUACAUGAUCUCCUAGACGGUGGUGGGGAGCUGUGCUGCGGCAGGGCCAGGCAGCAUCCUCUCUCCCUGGACUCAUGCGUGACCCGUCAUGCUGGGACAGACGGCGAGGGAUUACUCAAUUUAGUUUACUUGACUGUCUUGUUCCUUCCCCUCGCCCUUGUGGGGCUCACUGAGUGGCCCCAUUUCGUGCAAUUACCAAACUGUGAGGCAA